AUGGAUAUCACGGAGCUGGGAGAUCUCUCUCUGAAUGUUGAAGCUUCAAAAGUUAGUUCAGCGUUCGCUAGGGUUCUUGAGUCUCUAAGGAGUUUGACGGAGAAGCAGGAACUCCUUUCCAAGGAGGUGUUCUCUCUGGCAGAACGCGUCGCUGCGGGCGAGGAAACGCGAAAAGUACAUUCAACCACGCUUGAAGCGAACACACGGAGCACCGAUCAGCUUAGGGACCACUUCAAGGAAAUAGAUGGGCUCAAACUCAAGGAGCAAACGAAGAAAAUUCAAGUCCACGAAGAGCAAUUUCAGAAAACGCUUGCCCUCUUGGAACAAUGCGACUUGAAGCUCAAGGAGCAAGAUGCAAAGAUCGCGCAAGUGGCCAUCGAGGCCAGGCAGUCUUCCACUGCCGCUGGCAAAGCAGUCGAAAACUUUUCAGCAGUCAACUCGAGCAUGGUUAAGUGUCAGGAGAGAGUGGCCGAGCUCCUUGAAGAGUCUGUCACAUGUGCGAAUCGUUGUAAUAAGGUUGAAGAAGAUCAGAAGACCCUGCAGGACGCAGUGGCUUCCAAGUACGACAAGCUGUGGCAUGAGGUUGUGACGGCAUUGGAACAGAUGAACUCGGCAGAACUGGGCCAUUUUCAAGAAGCCAUCAGCAGGCGAUCUCAGCAGUCAGAGCAGCGUGUCCAACAGCUCAUUUCCUAUGCCAUCGGACUGGCGACGCGCGCUGCAAGAGACCGGAGAGAAACUGACGUCAAGAAAGCGGUAAUCUCCCGGUGGAAGGAACGGGCUUGGAUCGGAGCACGACAAAGGAUGGCGUGCAGGAGUUUGAGUCGCCUGCUACGACUGCAUCUAAGGCGACACUUCACCGGUUUCCAGCGAAGCCUUGCCUGGGAAAACCAAGUGGAAAGGCUGAAAACUGAGUUUCGUAGCAGCCUGCCUGACGUGGAGGCAGUCGUGCAGGGGGCGGUUAAUUCUCGAAUCGAGAAACUAGAAACUCGCGUUGGUACCGAAGCAACUAUGGUAAAACAGAUCAAGGUGGAAGUCGAGCGGCUCUCUGUAAAGACAGGCGAGCUCCAGACCGCUACGGACACCCUUGGAGAACGGUCCGUUGACAUUUGCCGGACGAUAGAGAAGGUGCAUCACGAAAUCAAAGAGGCGCUGGACAGGGAGGCAGAGAGGGAGGACCGCCUGCAUAAUGCUGAAGAACUUGUGAGCGACAUUGCAGCGAAAAUGUCGCAGGUCGCUAAACAAGACGAGAUGCAGGGCAUCAUGAAGGACGUGCUGCUCAUCUGGACGGCUGUCAAGCAGCUAGAUACGGCGAAGGCCGAUAAACGAGAGCUUGACGCCUUUGCAAACGAAGCGACGACGAGAGACCAGCAUUCUAACGUAUGCGGCAAACUGGGCGAUGUGGAGGCGACAGUUCACGAUGUCAAUACAAGGAGCAAGACUCUGAACUACAUGCUAGGGAUUAUGAUGAGAUUCUUGGAAGAUGUGGUCCGGAAGAUUGCUUCGAUCGAUACAUCCACUACCCAGACAACUUGCCACACAAACAGGGUUAUUAGGACGGGCGGAGGAUGGAUACCGCCACGCAUCAGCUGCCCUGGCGCUUCUCGGCCUGUUUCGCCGUCGAGGCGACCACGGGUGUCUCCUUGCGGUUGGCCUGCUGUGAACUCCGUCUCCCAAGCGGUUGGCCAGGCUUUGGAUGGGGAGCCUGGCGAAAUGAAAAACAGCAUUUCAGCGAAUGGUGACUCGGAGGCCGCACAACGGGGCGCCGCGGGUUUAGGCGAUCUUCCCACUCCAAAAACGAGCUUUGAAAAUAUGAACGCUAUACUUCUACCGGACAGCAGGAACAGUGAUCAACCGACGGAGUUGGAUCAAGCACGGCCAUGGAAAGAGGAAGAGGUAGGAGCCGAGCGAGCCAGAACGAUGCCGAGUCCAAAUCGUAGGCUGAGAAGCUGCCUGGAAGACGACUAUGCCAAGAACCCCGCUGUCCGCGCCUUCACAGACUGGGUGGAACAAGUGCGCGUCGUCUUUGACGCACAAGCGAGGCAAGCCGCUGCUGCCGGCAUGUCUGCCGAGCCCCUGAAAUACGGGAUUUACCCACUUUUUUAG